AUGGCGAUGACGAUGACUGGCCGUGUGCUGCUGGUGUGUGCCCUCUGCGUGCUGUGGUGCGGUGCCGGCGGUAGAUGUGACGAUGUGGUGACGGCAGCUCUUGGGAGUGGUGGAUCUUCGCCGAAAUCAACACAGCUUGAAACGCCUCCACUAGAUUCCCAAGAAUUAAAAGAUGAGGCGCCAGUUGUUAAAGAAGAAGUGCCACCCGCAUCUCCCGGAAUUAAAGCUGAAGAAGAAGAAGAUAAAGAUGAUGACGAUACUGGAGAAGGUGAUGGCCAAGAAGAUGGAGGGGCGGAAGGUGAAGAAAAACCAAUAGAAAGGCAGGAUGGUCAAGGAGGAACAGUAGCACCAGGCUCAGGUUACAGGGAAACGAAUUUAAGUGGCAGUGAGCAGGAAAAUCACCAGUCAAUUACUCCUGCAGGGGGCAUUUCUCAUUCCGGCAGCCAGGAAUCAAAAUCCAAUCCUACACAAACGGAAGUUGAAGAAAAGAAUGGCAAAGAAGAAAAUACACCAGCGGUAGAGAAUCCACUCACAACUGGUAACGGAGAGAACACACUGCCUGCGGGAAUUGUGGAAGGAAACCCUUCACCACCUCCUCCAAAAGACAGUGUUGAUUCCCGCGAGCAGGAUGGCGAAGGCACCACGAGUGAAGGUCAUAAAAAUGUUCCGCCGCCUGAGACCGCAGCCACGACACAAAGCCACCGAGAAAAGGGCUCAGAAGGGAGUGGGGAAAAUACGAAAGCAACGGCAGUAACCACCAACACAACUGAUAAGACGAGCACACAAAACACAGACAGCAGCACCGCGGUCUCCCACACCACCUCCCCCUUUUUGCUUCUCCUUGUUGUUGCGGCUGCUGCUGCGGUGGUGGCCGCGUGA